GACUUGCCGUGCACGCAUCGAGGGGAGCAGAAGCUCAGUGCUGCAAAGCAGUGAAGCAGCAAAAAAAGAAAAAGAGAAAGUUUUUGUUUCUACAGCUGAAAGUGGUCUCAAGUGAGGACCGUUUGUAAAAAAACAACUCAAACUAUGGAAGCUAAGAAGUGGGGAUAGAAGAAACCAGAGACUCUUCUGAAGGAUUAUUGAACUCUUUCUGUAUGAGCUCCUGUCAUGAUGAUGAUAUCCUGUUGCUGAUGGGAUCUUCUUUGUGACUCGGCUUCCUGGCGAACCCAACUUGUAGUUUUUGAUCUGUUUGUCUGAAUGAAGUGUGCAGAAGCAGAAAGCAUGUCGAACGGACGUUACAGUCACCUGCUGAGUGGAGUCUGUUUGUUGUGGCAAGCUGUAAUCGUGGUUGGAGCAGGGAGUAAACUUUGGGAGGUGCCCACAAGUCUUUUCUCUUCAUCCUCCAAUAUGAGCGAGAGCCUGCAGUGGGACCACUGCCACUAUCAUCACCUGAAGGACAGAGUGAGAAUCACAGCAGACAUCCCCCCCAGUUUGGACGGCACCUGGGUGUCCACAAGAUGUGAAGUUCGGCCCGGUCCAGAGUUCCUCACCAGGUUCUACACCUUUUACCCCAACCGUCACUUCCAGGCGCUGCAGCACUACUACACUGACAGCAACUGUGAGGACCCGGCCUACUCCCUGAUGAUCAGAGGCAAAAUCCGUUUGAGCCAGGCCUCCUGGAUCACCCCCGGGGGCACCGAGGCCGAACACCACCUCAGCAGAGUGCGCAUGGUGGUCCACAGCCUGGCGGCCAAGAAGAAGCUGGCCUCCAGGCUGCCUCCGGCCUGCGUGACUCUGAGCCUGGGUCGAGCUGUGCCGGGGAAGCUUUACGAGCUGUACAACACCCGAGCAGGGAGGGCGUGCCUGUCGGCCAUGGGUUUCUCCAUGAUGGAGAUGGGYCUGGUGCGAGUGGAGACGCAGCAUCGCAGCCACGGAGGGAAGGUCCAGGAGCUGUUCUUGGGGGAUAUUCCCACRGACUGGUCUCAGAGAGGCCAUCACAGACCCACAGGGUACCAGCAGCCUCUGCAGAACGCCAUGCAUCACAUCCACCCCUGCCCUGUGUGUGCUCUGGUGCACCGCUCCUCUGAGCAACGUCCCCCUGUGUUGCCCCCCAUCCCCACAGUUCCCCUGUCUCUGGCCGGCCACUGGGUCAGCCAGCGCUGCGAAACCCGCCCCAACAUACUYUUCCUCACUCGGGACUUCACCUUCGAUCCCAGCCAGCACGUGUGGGAAGGCAUCUACCGGCACUACGCCGACGCCGCCUGCUCCCAGCCCAYUUUCACCCUGAGAGCGUUGGGCCACUACGCUCAGGGGAACCCCUUCUCCAAAAUCCCAGGGGCCUUUGAGAUCGUCUUCAAGGUGACCCAGGUGAGAGUCACAGCCAUGGACAAGCCCACCGUCAAGCUGCUGAACAGUACAAAACGAGGGAAGUGCGGUCUGGCAGGAGGCUGGGAGGUGGGCGUGGAAAAGGACUUGACCCCCACAGACGGGUGCACCGUGCUGGGCAUCAAGCUGCCACAUAAGGAGUAUGAGCUCUUCAAGCGGGAGCUGGACCACAGGAAACACCCACUGCUUUUCACUGGAGAGAGGCCAACCGACGGGUCUAAUCCUGACCGACCACAGCGGCGGCCCACCUCCUUUCAGAGUCCCAUGGUGCUUUGCAGUGGAGGAGAAACACAACCCUCCUACUCAGCUUUUAACAGCAAGCAAAUACAGUUAGCCAGCGGGUCAGAGAGGGUGGCACAUGUGAUGUUAAUGGUGUUUGGAUCUGCACUUUGCAGCUGGCUUGGUGUUCAUUAAAAACCUUUUUUUUUUUCACAGCUUAAAACCAUCGAGUGACUCACAUCUGAGAGAUUCAUAAGGAAAAUUAUGAGACUUUUAAAUGAACGGGAUAUUUUGUUUUGAAUUCCUGGCUAUUUGUAGGAUCACUUUAUUGACUUGUUGUAACUCCUAUAAACCGUUGCUGCAGAUCUGCAAUUUAUUCCAACUGAUUACAUUCAGCCCAGUUACUGUUUGUCUAUCAGACAUUUUUUUAACUAACAUUUGUCCAUCUCUUAUCUAAGAGCUGUUCUCUCCUGUUUUCUGAUGCAAAACAAAAUAUCAGUGUUUACAUGGAUCUCAGUCAUUUCCUCAUCAAAACAUAAGCUAUGGACUUAUCUAGAUGCAGCAUAGCUAAUGCACUUUGUACAUAUAUUUUAAUCUACAUAUUCUGCUGUCACCACCGGUCUAAUGCCAUUGUGGUGAGAACAUUUCAACCUACUCUUUAAAAAUGUGUGCAUUAG